UGGUGUGAGUACCUAUGCGUUGGUGCAGCUGUUAUGCGACGUGCUUUAUAUAUUGUGUAUUACGGGUAUCGUCCCGUGUCGUUCAACAAGGUUUACCCUCGCUCUUUUGUUUGUGUACAAACCAGUGUUUUUGUAUAUGUGUUUGUUUUGGGUUUAUUCAAAAUCCCUGCGCCUGUCUCCAAAUCCUUUAUACCAGCGCGACAAUACUGCCCAAGCCUAGUUGAUGUUGAAUCACAGUAAUGGGUCAGUUUCCCAAUUGAGAAAGGAAGUUGUGCCCCUCCACUUCCCAGACGUAGCGCCCCAGUGUCAGCGGGGGGAGAGACUACGUCUUCUAGAGGACAACAAUAGAGCCCUGAAACUGAAGCCUGGGGCUUUCAACCAACACAAGCUACAACAUAUACUGCUGGAGACUGAGAGCAGCAGGAAAAGGGAGGAGUGUGAAGAUCUUGACGAGGCAGUGAAGAAAAAUAAUCAAACAUGUCAGACUUUGGAGAAUGAGCUUCAAGAUGUUCUCCAGGAGAAGAAGCACUUGAGUCUCCACUUGUUCAACAAUAGCCAGAACACAGUCCAAUAUGAACAGGUGAAGUCAGAGUAUGCGCAGCUCAAAGAGACCCUUGGUGCUGUGACUCAGGAAAGAGAUUCAGCCCUGCGGGAGAAGACCCAGCUCCAAGGCAAACUGGAGAACCUAGAGCAGGUGCUAAAGCAUAUGCGCGAGGCUGCAGAGCGGAGGCAGCAGCUAGAGUUGGAGCAUGAGCAAGCCUUGGCUGUACUCAAUGCAAAGCAGCAGGAAAUUGACCUUCUGCAGAAGGCUCAGGUUGAGGCUAAGAAGGAGCAUGAGGGCGCCGUUCAUCUGUUAGAGAACCACUUGGACAGCAUGCAGGCAAAAGUCCGAGAGCUGGAGGAGAAAUGUCGGACACAGAGUGAGCAGUUCAACCUCCUGUCCAAAGAGCUGGAGAAGUUCCGGCUACAGACUGGAAAGUUUGAUAUCCUUGGCAGUGGCACCGAUCCCUUAACAGCGGGUGAAACCCCCGGAUCUCCCAACAAAUCCCUCUCCCAGCUCCUCAACGGGCUGGCUGCCCCCACAGUGAAAGGCAAUGAGAGUCCGCUGAACAGAUCUGUGAUCUCUGAGUUCAUCCGACCGCUCCAGAUCAGUGGGGACAAGCCGGAGCUCCUGUCUGUAAAGCCAACAUUCCUCACCCGCAGCAGCCAAGCUGAGAGCUCCCAGCGGGCCCUCCUCACUGAGAUGGACAAAGAACUAAGCUCAACGACUAGGACCAAGAAGAGGUUCACAGGCAAGGUCCGUCUGUGCGUCGCCCGGUACAGUUAUAACCCCUGUGAUGGGCCCAAUGAGCAUCCUGAGGCAGAGCUCCCCCUGGUGGCAGGGAAGUACCUCUACGUUUAUGGCACCAUGGAUGAUGACGGCUUCUAUGAAGGAGAGCUGCUGGAUGGACAGCAGGGCCUCGUCCCUUCCAAUUUUGUGGACUUUGUUAAGGAUGAGGAGAUGCCCUCUGCUCAGCACAGGGAUGGGGCCAAAGAGUCAGGCUACCUCAGUAGUAACCACAGCAGCCUGGGCUCCACAGGGCUGGGCAGCAUGUGCCUGAGCAGCAUCAGCAGCCUGCUGUCUGACAGUAAGCUGGACCUGGAGACCAGCCUGGAGAGAAACCUGGAGAGAAACCUGGGGAGCAACCUCAGUUCCACUUUGGGUUCCACUCACUGUUCCACUCUUGGCAGCCACAUGGGUUCCACUCACGGUUCCACUCUGGGCAGCCACAUGGGCUCCACUCUGGGCAGCCACAUGGGUUCCACUCUGGGCAGCCACAUGAGUUCCACCCACGGUUCCACUCUGGGUUCCACUCACUGUUCCACUCUGGGUUCCACUCACGGUUCCACUCUAGGCAACCACAUGGGUUCCACUCUGGGUUCCACUCACUGUUCCACUCUGGGUUCCACUCACGGUUCCACUCUAGGCAACCACAUGGGUUCCACUCUGGGUUCCAGUCACGGUUCCAGUCACGGUUCCACUGGCCUGGGUUCCAGUCUGAGCAGCACUCUGACUAGCCUGGGCAGCAGCAGCCUGGGCAUGGACUUUCUGGGCUCCAUGGGUUCCUGCAGUAACGGGACAGGGACCCUGGAUGUCAGCAUUGACGAGAUUGGUGAAAACAUCGUGCCUUACCCUCGCCGCAUCAAUCUGAUCAAACAGCUGGCCAAGAGUGUGAUCGUGUGCUGGGACCCACCGGUGGUGCCACCCGGCUGGGGCUCCAUCAGUGGCUACAACGUCCUGGUGGACAAGGAGGUGAGGAUGAGCGUGCCUUUUGGAGGCAGGACAAAGUCGCUUGUUGAAAAGCUGAACCUGGCCACCAACACGUACCGCAUCUCGGUGCAGAGCAUCACGGAGCAAGGCCUGUCUGACGAGCUACGCUGCACUCUGCUGGUGGGGAGGGACGUGGUGGUGGCUCCUUACUACCUGAGGGUGGACAGCAUCACACAGACCUCUGCUGAGCUUUCCUGGCAGCCUAGCAACAGCAACUACAGCCACACCAUCUUCCUGAACGACGCUGAGUAUGACAUGGUGAAGGCAGGGGCCUACAAGUACCAGUUCUUCCAACUGAAGCCCAUGACCGUUUACAAGGUGAAGGCUGUGGCGCGGACACACCAGAUGCCUUGGCAGCUGCCCUUGGAGCACAGGGACAAGAGGGAGAUCUCUGUGGAGUUCUGCACCCAACCUGCAGGUCCUCCCUUCCCUCCCCAGGAGGUGCAGGUCCAGUUGGGCCAGAACCCUGGGGUGCUGCAGGUACGAUGGAAGCCCCCCCUCCUCACCCCCACUGGAACCUCCAACGGAGCCAACGUGAUUGGCUAUGCCGUGUGCACAAAGGGACAAAAGAUAGCGGAGGUGAUGUACCCUACGGCAGACUAUGUGACAGUGGAGCUGAACAGGAUCCAGUGUCUGGAGGCCAGGGAGGUCAUUGUCAGGACGUUAUCAGCAGAAGGAGAGUCUCAGGACUCCCCCGUGGCCACCAUACCGCUAGGUAUCCUGGGGCCUCCCCAUCACUCACCCCACCAUCGCCCCCCUGCACACCCCCAUCCUUUGCCCCAGCACCAUCCGCCACACACACAAACACACCCGCCCUACCCCCAGACCUACCCCUUGUCACACCCCCAACCUCAGGUCCACCCUCAAUCCCAGCCCUACACCUUGCCCCAUGGUCAGCCGCUGCGCCACCCUCCCCCUCACCCCCACCCCCACCCCCAACACCAGCCUUACCCCAUGUCUAAGCCCAAACUAGUAAGUGCCAGAGAGUCAGAAACCAAAGAGCAUGAGGUAGGCCUGCGGCCUGGCCCGCCCUGGGAACGCUCCCUCUCGCCCCUCCCUCCUCCCAUGUGUGGACACACUCUGGAGCCGCCCCACUUCCAGGGGCGCCGUUCGCCCUCUCCUCAGAGGAUCCUGCCCCAGCCUCAGGGAGCCCCCAUCCCCAACACCAUCGCCAAGGCCAUGGCCAGGGAAGCUGCACAGAGAGUGUUCGCUGAAAGUAACCGGAUUGAGAAGAGGAACAUCUUCAGUGAGCGGAGCAUAAACUCCGAUGAGGAGGAGGAUGGUUAUGACUCUCCCCACACCAGGAGGAGAGGGGCCUCUGUGGACGAGUUCCUCAGAGGCUCUGAACUAGGGAGACAUGUACGGCACCACUACAGCCACAGUGAAGAGUACCAGACAGAGAGCAGCCGCGGCUCCGACCUGUCUGACAUCAUGGAGGAGGACGAGGAUGACCUGUACUCUGAGAUGCAGCUGGAGGAGGGCCGUCGACGCAGCAUCAACUCUCACAACACUCUCAAGAAGUAUUACAGGCGUCAGGACCUGGGAGAGGAGAGGGACUGCUGGGACCUACAGAGGGAGGUGGUGAGACAGAAGUCCCUGCGUCGUAAACGCCUCCACAGCAUCCCUGAGGUGGCCGAGGACGAGCCCGACGGAGUCAAUGGGAUGGGUCAUCAUCAUCAGCGCCUGCGCUUUGAUGACGGAGGCAGGCCUGGUACACCCCGCAUGCAUCGAAGGGGCCCCCGUAUCUCCCAGCAGGACCCCCAUCAGCACAACCACCUCUCCCCCAGCAAGAACCACCGCCGCCUGCUGCAGCGUCAGCACUCCUCUCCCCGCUAUGCCUACGCUUUCGAGGAGCGCAGCCUGCGCCGGCUCACCAAGAGUCCCGACAGUGGCCUGGACUGUGGCAGCGAGGAGGAGGGCUCUUUGGGGUACAGGGGUUACCCCCACGGCAGCCCCAUGAGGGGCCAUAUCCGCUACAUCCACUGUGAGGGGCCGGUAGAACGAAGGGCUCUGGCUGCAGGCAGGAAGAAGCAGCUGACACGGCAGUGCAGCAUGGAUGAGGACUACUGUGACAGCCCUAAGACGGGCCACCUGUCUGACCUGAGGAACAGGGAGGUGCACUACGGGCCAUCGCGGGAGCCAAGCCCCAGACACGGAGCCCUGAGCGAGGGCAGGCUCCACGAACUGGACAGGGCCUAUCACAGGGACCUUAGGGCCAGCUAUGUGAACAGGCUCAACAGGGUCUCGGACCAGCCGCUGAUUAUAGGGAACUCCCCCUCCCAUGGAUGCUCCCAUGGCGACCGGCUGGACCAUUCAGGGAGGAGGCCGGUCCACGGUGGCAACCCCCCACAGCGACGGACCAUGAUGGUUCCUUCCAUUGAUGGGUACGGCGGGCAGGGCCGCGGGCGCCGGUCGCCAGAAUACUACGAAGAGUCAGAGCCAGAGGACCUGGCACGUAUAUUUGUGGCCCUGUUUGACUACGACCCUCUGUCCAUGUCCCCGAACCCUGAUGCUGCUGACGAGGAGCUGCCCUUCAAAGAGGGGCAGAUCAUCAAGGUGUUUGGGGAUAAGGACACGGAUGGUUUUUACAGGGCAGAGAUCCGUGACCGUCCAGGUCUGAUCCCCUGUAACAUGGUGUCAGAGAUCCAGACUGAGGAUGAUGAGAUGAUGGACCAGCUACUCAAACAGGGCUUCCUCCCACUCAACACUCCCGUAGAGAAAUUAGUGAACUGCGACCGCUUCAAAGAUGGCCGCUCAAUAAACCGCAGGUCCCGAAAAUCCAAGCGAGAGAGGAACAGGCGGAGUGGGCGUCAGCACCCCUCGUCCACACGUAGAAUGGUGGCCCUGUAUGACUACGACCCCAGGGAGAGUUCCCCCAACGUGGAUGUGGAGUACGGGAGAGACGGGCUGAAUGAGGCUGAGCUGACAUUCUGCGCUGGUGACGUCAUAACAGUUUUUGGUGAAAUUGAUGAAGAUGGGUUUCAUUAUGGCGAGCUCAAUGGACACAAAGGUCUUGUUCCCUCCAACUUUCUAGAAGAAGUGCCUGAUGAUGUUGAGGUUUUCCUCACUGACACUCCAUGUAGAGCUUCUCGAUACCCGCAGGACGCUGCAGCGCUGAUAAAGACCAAAAGGGUUCCGUUGGAAAAAUCGAGUCCGCCCAGAAGAGCUGCCUACCCCAAAGUGCACCAACACAUCCCCGGCACUGGCCCUGCUACCGUGGGGCCUGGCAGUCCCAUCAGGUGCCCCCGCGACUUGUCCUCCAAAAAGAAAAAGGGACUGCUCUCCAAAGGGAAGAAACUAUUGAAAAGACUUGGCGCUGUAAAAUAACCCCUUCAUAUACUUGAAGUAUAUUACCAACCACAUCAUAGAUGGCUCUAUUCAAUCUGUAGUGCUGAAGCGGUACAGAUUCCGUGAUAGAAAUGUAAAGGUCAUUUCCGAUUGAGCAGUGUUUACCAUGAAUGCAGUCUCCACUAAAGCGGGUACAUUGCUUUUAAAUUUCAAUCACGCUGAAAAGCUGAAUUUCCUCGAUGCGGAUUGAAUAGUUCCCUAAAUCUCAAACACUUCCAUUACUGUAAGUUCAGUCCUGUGAGAAGAAAAAAUCCAGUGGUUAAAGAGUUUGAUGGCAUUUAAUAACCAGUCAGAUGCUGUACUCUUACACAUCUGUUGUUGUCUACUAGAAACCAUUUAUUUUUUAAUUGCAGUGUGUAUUUUGAAUGAGGCCAGGGACCUCAUAGUUUGACAUUUAAUGUCAUAAGCCAACCUCUCUGGUCAUGUAUAUUUUGCUAUCUGAAGCACAGGACUGCAAUGCGAUGGGAUAAAAUCUUGAAUUGGCCAAUAGUACAUAGGUGUGUGUUUGACUGAAGACUACAAUGUCCCCCAGAAUAUGAGGUGUUUAAACCAGUCUCUUUAGGGCUGAGAUCAAACGAUAGAGCUCAGAAUGGCCAGUCAACAUCAUACUUGAUGAGACUACUACUAGUGGCCCUUCCUAACCAUACACUUCAUGUUGUAGUACCCAAAUGAGGCAAGGAAAAGAGCAUUUUUAUGGCCAGGCAGCUGAGGUCCUUGUAUGGGAAAUGUAUGGGAGGUUUGCAUGUUUUACCUGAAAGCACAUCCAGAAUGAUCAUUCCCACCCAACAUUUGAAGCACAUGCUAACUGAUGGCCUUUUCUAUCAGAACAUGUUAGCAAGGCACAUGUGCAUGCUAUGUCGGUGCAUUUGAUGACAGAAUCUACACUGAGAAAAAUUUACUAAAUUAAUUUUAGUAGUAAAAAGCAUGUCCUUGUUUUCUUUACCUCCAUACAGAAUAUUCCAUACAAACCUAAUUGUCAGAUUGGUUCUCAGUUCAACUCAAGCCCAGGUACACAUUUGACUUGUCACGACCUAGCACCUGAAGUCAAGAUCUGUGCACUGGUAAAAUAUGCUACAUCUCCAGAAAGACCGAAGUCAGAUAAGCAAGUAUCAAUUCCUAACAGAAAGUAUUAGUUAUUCAAACACACCAAAAGACCUCUGGACAAGCACAUUAGAUAGGAAAGGGUUUCAAGAUUCAGUUUCUUUAUUUUUCAAGUAGUUGAAUGGUCAUGAAAUGCCUAGUUGAAACCAACCUCCAUGUAUUUGCCUUAUAAAUGCACAAUUGUUUGUGUCCAGUCAGUGGAGAUUUUUUUAUGUCUUGUAUGCAUUCAUGUCUUUGCAAUACAUACUUCUAAACAUGAAAUAUUUUUGCAAAAGAUGUUUAUCAAAGCUCGUGAUGUGCAUUUUAUUACUUGUAAGAGUGUCAUGUUUUCUGGAGGACCUGAGCAUUAUUAGCUUGUUUGAAACUUCAGAAGGCCCAACUUUACACUCUUCAUGUUCUGUCCACAUUAAAAUGACAAAAAGAGAGAAAAAAGAAAGAAGUGUGGUGAAAAUGUAAAGGUGUAAUUUAAUGUUUUUUUUGUCAGUACAUUGUCACUAUUUUGGCACAAAAAAUUCAAGGCACUUUUAUUUUGUUCUUCAUGUUAUAUACAGUACUUGCAAUGUGUUCAUUCUGCAUUCACAAUCCCAUUUUGACAUAGGUUUGUGUACAAGACAAUGGACAAGAAGGAAAUGCAAUUGAAGGCCGGUUCAAUCAAAACUGUCUCCAGGAUAAGUUUAAAUCAGCAUUCCUCCUGUGCAACAACAACGCAUGGUGUCAAUUCAUGUGCAGUUGGUUAAGUUUAAAUCAGCAUUCCUCCUGUGCAACAACAACGCAUGGUGUCAAUUCAUGUGCAGUUGGUUAAGUUUAAAUCAGCAUUCCUCCUGUGCAACAACAACGCAUGGUGUCAAUUCAUGUGCAGUUGGUUACCAUUUUGUUUAAAACAAAAUUGUAGAGUACACUCCAAACUUGCAUUAUGCAGUAGGAGAAUGCUGUUUUUGACUAACCCAGACACAAGGUUUGAUAGAAUAACCUUCAUUGGAUGUAAGUCAUAUUAAGUUAUUUUUGUUACAUAGAAAUUGUGAUUUCAACAAGACAAGUCUACCUCCAUAAUGACCCCUAGAAUUCCAACUAAUUUGACUCCAUGUUCACAGAAGCCAACUCCAUUUCAUUUAUGAAACUGAGCUCUUUCUGUUUGCCCAGAAGUAUUGUAUUUGUGUCAGCCCCCAAAUAGCACAUAGAGUAGUGAAUGUAUGAUUAAUUGAAAGCCAAUGUAUUAUAUUUAUCAAAACUAUCCAUGAUGAGUAUCCAGUCGUUUUCUGGUCCACUUUGUAUGUGAAAUGAAACCUUUUUCCAUCUGUUAAGAACCUCUUACACUAUUUUGUUAAUCAUUUCAUUUUUCCAUUCAAUUUACAUCACUGUUUUGUUUUUGAACUACUACUUACAUGAGAUUUGAACUGAGACUGCCAAAAAAGAAUGUAUCAAAAGCAUUCUGUAUAACGUUCUGUACAAUUCUCAGCCAAAUAGGCAUUUCAAUCUACAGUUAAUAGAUGUACAUCUUUUCCAUAAUAAGUUGUCCGUCAUUGCUUCUAUACAUAUUGUUUGAGUGACUUGCUCUUUUUGUACUUUGUCCAUUUGUAAAUUGUUUUUAAAUGUUUAUACUUGAUUUUCAGACUGCCUUUUUUGUACAUAAAAAUUUAUAAUCAAACUGUGCAAAGCUUUCCCCAUGGUGUCUUCAAAACCAUGUUUUAAAAGUCUGCAAUUGUGUGCUAGCUUUAUGAAAAGAAAUAGCCUAUAUUGGGGGUUACAAAAUAUUGUGUGGGUGUGCAUGUGCAAUUUUUUUUAUAAAACAAAUUUGAUAUUUUGUAAUGCUGGUUGUGCCGUGUUUUAUUUCCCAAAUGCCAUGGUGCAACAGCAUACGUUUGAGUGGGAAUAGAAAACAAUGACUUGAAUGUAACGUUAUUAACCGGUUCCUAAUAGUGGUUCUGUUCCGGAACACUAUGGAUCACUUUCGUUCCUGGUUCUGUUUCUAUUCCUUGAAAACUUUUGUUAUUUUCUGGUUUUGUUCCC